CUCAAAUAUGUCCGACAGUGAUAUCUCUGAAAACAGUCAGGAUUUGCAAAGUAAAGAAAGCCAGGCUUUGCAAAGUGAAGAAAGUCAGGACUCACAAACUGAAGAAAGUCAGUACUCACAAAAUGAAGAAAGUCGGGACUCGCAAAUGGAAGAAAGUCAGUACUCACAAAAUGAAGAAAGUCAAGACUCACAAACUGAAGAAAAUGAGGACUCUGAAACUGAUGAAAGUAGUCUUUAUUCACAAACUGAAAUAUGUAGUCUAUACUCGCUAACUGAUGAAAGUGGUCUGUGCUCGCCAUCUGAUUUAUGUAGUGUGUACUCGCUAAGUCUGUAUUCGCAAACUGAAGGAAGUCAGUACUCACUAACUGAAGAUGAAAGUCAAUACUUGCUAACUGAAGAUGAAUGUCAGGACUUGCUAACUGAAGAUGAAAGUCAGGACUUGCUAACAAAAUAAAAAAAGUCAGAAUGCACAACCGGGAAAAAGUUACUAUCCAUGCAGCGAAUGUAAGAAGAGUUUUAAAUCUGAACGUGCACUUUCUCGUCAUUUUCAUGUUCAUUCCAAAGAAAAGUUAUGUCAUAUUUGCAAUGAGGUAUUUACUCAGAACCAAGCUUUAAGAAGGCAUUUGUGGACUCAUGUUAACAAGAAAACUUAUAUGUGUGUCAUUUGUCAUAUGUAUUUUAAAAACCAGCGGGCCCAUAAAAGUCACCUCCGUAUGCACAGAGGUGAAAAACAUCAUGUUUGUGGUGAAUGUCUUCGGAGCUUUGCAAGAAAAAAUGAUCUUGCAAGACAUGUGCUCAUACACAAGGGAGAAAAACCUCACCAAUGUGGCGUAUGUGGUUCAUAUUUUAGAGGGAGAAACUCACUCGCUAAUCACAUGCUUGUUCACCGAGAAACCAAGCCAUUUGGAUGUCACCUUUGUAAAAAAUUUUUCCGUCAGAAAAAAAAUUUAAGACAACAUUAUCCAACACAUAUUAAGAUGGAACCAUAUUUGUGUCAACUAUGUGACAUAGAAUUUACUGAAGUUGGCAAUCUUGCUGGUCAUUAUAUGAAACAUUCUGGGGAAAAGGUUUAUAAGUGUGAGGAUUGUAGUAAAUUAUACAAAAACAAAGUUGAUUUCAACAUACAUAAAGCUGUACAUAUAGGAGAAAAACGCCAUUUAUGUAAUGAGUGUGGAAAAGUUUAUCGAACAAAAGAAGGAGUUAUAAAGCAUUUCCGUGUUCACUCUGAAGAAGAGCCUCAUGAAUGUAAGGUUUGUAAGAAAUACUUCAAAGAGAAGAGAAUCUUGGAUAGGCAUUGCUCGAUGCAUGCGAGAACAAAGACCUUUUCAUGUGAUUUUUGUAAGAUGUGUUUUAAAGACAUUAACCGUCUGGAAGAUCAUUAUUCAAUUCAUUCUUGAGUAAAAUAUCAUGUUUAUCAUGAAUAUUAUAUAAUUGUUAGAGGGUAAAGGCAAUUAAUUUUUCACAUAUGGAAUCAGCAAUAGCAAAUUUAGAAAAAUGGUAUGUAUUAUCCCAUCGACCAUUGGCAGAAAUUUUGGUAAUGGUCACCAAUCAUUACUGCAGAAUUCUAAAGGACACAGUCAUAUUGCGCUACUUUGCUGGUUGAUGGGAUGAUAUGCAAGUUCUGAAAAUUCUUAUCCAAACUUGAGCAUUCAUGUAAAGUUAUAUACUCGAAAAUUAAAGCAUUUAACGUUAAAA